UCAGUAAUUUUUUGAUGCCGAAUUUCUGCCAAUUAAAAAACGGCAAAUAAUGGAGGCUCUUGUCAACUAUAGCAGCGAAGAUGACCAAGAUGAUGCUGGCUAUCAAAUACGGUUGAAAAAUUCCCCUAGGCACCACCACCGCAACCAACGAAAUCGGCUGCUUUGGCAGUCACCGCUGCCGCCUCUGCCUCUGCCUCUGCAAAAGCCGCUGCAACUCUUAAAGCAUCAGCAUAAGGCCAAAAAGAACAACAAUGAAGGCAGCAGCAACAACAGCAGCAGCCAGAAGCAGCAACACCAACGGAGCAGUGGCAGCAGUAGCAGCGGCAGCAGCAGCAGUAGCAGCAGCAGCGCCAGUGGAAAGUCGAGGAGACGGAAAAGUACACCGCCACUGCCGCAGCCAGCGUCCACGGUGGCCACCGGCGGAAAGCAACAUCACAGGAGUAUCAGUCGCAGUCGCCAGUCGAACAACAGCAUCACCAUUGAUAAGGAGCCCCAGCCGCGACAACGCCAGGAGCGCGCAAAGGAGAAGGAGAAAGAAAAGGAAAAAGAGAAAAAGAAAGAGAGGGAAAAGGAAAAGGAGCGCGACCGAGAUCGGAACAGGGAGAAGGAAAAGCGCGAUGUCGACCGCAGCCGGGACAGGGAACGUGACAGGGACAGGGAUAACAGCAAGGGCGCCCAUCGCCACAAUCGCACCAAAGAGAUUAAGCAAAGCCACAGGGACAAGGACAAGGACAAGGACAAGGACAGGGAUCGCGAGCGAGAGCCAGAGCGAGAGCGUGACAAGGACCACGAUCGCCAUGGUAACCGUGACCGUGAUCGCGAUCGUGAAAGAGGCGAUCACCGCCGUGAAAAUAUCAGCGGACGACAUCUGCAUCACAGCAAGGAUCAGCGAUACAGCGACACCUCACGCUCACACAUCUCAUCUUCAUCCUCGUCUGCCAAUGCAGCCUCGCACAAAUCUCAGCGUCGCUCUUAUGACGACCGCAGUCGACGGCGCCGAGGCUCGCGUUCCAGAUCCCGCACGCCGACAGGGACACCACCGCCGUCCGGCCGCCGCCGCCAUCAUCAGCCAUCAGGAUCUGGGACAGGACUGUCCUCAGCAUCGUCAUCACGCAAGUACCGGGCACGCGACUCCAGUAGCCGCUCCAGGUCGCCGCUGGAGCCGGGGGGCACUGGCGGACGCCCUAAGAAACCAAUCGGCGAGGAGCGGCUGCCCCGUGCUGGAAAUCAAGGUGCUGUGAAUGCAGGCAGUGCCUCUGGACCUGGACUGAUGCUCCUCAAACCGCUAUCCUCCGCGGGAUCAGCAGUCGCUGUGGCAGCUAUGAAAGCAAAGGCCCCCAUUCAGGGCGCAACAGGAACAGGAGGUGGAGGACUGCUGCCGACGCCGAACUACUCAACAAAUAUACCCUCACUGAUGUCCCUGGCCGUGCCGCCAGUGACCAACGCCCCCAUCAGACCGAUGGGAAUACCCCCCAUUAUGACCAUGCCGCCCAUCCAGGCCAUGUCGCCCGUGAAGCCCAUCCAGCUGCCGAGCUACUACAAUCCGGGCAUCAUCAAUGCCAAUCGGUACGCGGAGCAGCAGCAGAAGCGCAAGUUGCUGUGGGGCUCAAAGAAGAGUGAUCCUCCGGCCAACAAGUGGGGCAACGCGCACUUCUCGCAGGACUCGGACGGAAAGGUCGCUUCCAAGUUUAUGCGGCUGAUGGGCAUCAAGAAUGCCGGCGGUGGCGGCGGCAACAACAGUGUAGAUGACGUGGCGGACGGGCGAGAACACGGCGAGCUGGGAGAUGCUAGCAACGGCAGCGCUGUCGGAUCAGCUGUCGAAGAUGCUGGCGCUGGCGAAGCGACAUCGACAGCGGCUGUAGGGGGAGCUGGUGUACCUGCUGAUGUGGAGCAGCGCCAGCGUAUGUUUUCCAAUAUGGAGCAACAGUACGAGAUGGCGCGUGCAGCCACACACACUAUGCGAGGCGUCGGCCUGGGCUUUGGCUCCCAGCCGCGCACCUUCUAAAGAAUCCUGGAGCAAGAGCAGGAGGAGGAGGAUAACAACUUGGCUGUAAAUAUGAUGCCACACUCAUUAGUCCACUUGAAGCUGUUUACUUUCACUUUUUUUUGUGUUGAUACAAAAUUUACAAAUAAAUAAACGUUGAAACAGACGAAUGUUCCAAACCAAAUA